AUGCAGUUUCUUGCCUUACUGGACAAAGGCUCUGAAACCAAAGUCAAGGUAAUUGUAACUCCUCUUUAAUUGAUAGUCAUAUUUAUUUAAUUCUCCUUGGGCUGGGAAAAACAGGUUUAGUUGAUUGGUUCACAGACCUAUGUCCAGGGGUUGGGGUGGGGAAGGUGACUCUAUAUUUCUCGGAAGGUUCACGUUAAUUGUUGUAGUCGUGCAGUGGCGGCAAAGAAAUUACGCACGUACAAAACUGUUGUUUUGCUUAUCAUAUUGCACACUCACUAUACUUUAUUUCAUGCACAUCAUUUUGCCAUCUCCACCCGCAAAUAGCAAAAGCUGUCGUCGUCAAAGUUGCUUAAUCUCCCUGUCAGAUUAUCCUUGCCUCUGAGACAACCGUGACAUCCAUAGUCUAUCCACCAAAAAACACUUCAAAAGAAGCGGAGUUUUAUACAGGUUUUAUGAUCGUACCAACACAGUUAAAUGGAGAGCUAAAAGGGAGAAAAGCUGGAUACGAACACUACUUGUCGACAAAAAAGGUUUCUCUCCCAUGACGGAAACGAUGAUUGGCCAGAAUCAGAUAACAGAAGCCUUUGUCAGUUCAUGUAAGCUGGCGAACUGAAAUGGUGCAUGAUCCGCUCCGGCCAUGACAACCUGCAUCCCUAAAUUACUAAGAAGAUACACAGGUGUGGCCCGUUCAGGAUCCGAGAAGACGGACUCGGUUAUUAACCUGCUUUGUUUAAUGUCUUUUGUUACAAGUUUCAGUUUUAAAAGAGCUGGAGGAAUUAAAGAGCCAGGUAUGCAUUUAUAUAGUUUAAAGCAUAAUUUGACAAGAAGUCCCCAGAUUUUUUGUAUCAUUUAACAAUGCUUUGUUCAUGAGCUGACACUGAACCAUGACUCUAACUCCCAUCCAAAUCUUUACUCAUACCUUUACACUGGGCGUUAAACCGUUUCGACUAAAGAAAUUCACGCUUUGUGUCAAUUUCGAUGCUCUUAAAUUAAAACGACUUAGAUUAUAGCUAUGAAUUCCGAUUCCGUCUAAUGCGCCAGUGCUUCUGUUAGCCGACCGUUCUUUUCUUUACUCCUAAAAGCAUUCAAUCCCUAGUUAUAUAGAUGGGUGGCCAUUUUAGUCAGACAAUUAGCUACCGUUCAAAAUGUCAGCCUUUAAAAACAUUUCAUAGUAGAAUAUCAAGACUAUCAAUGUACUUGAUCUCGUCAGUUGAUAUCCAGUCUCAGGUGAGGGUCCUUUACGGGUUGCUAAACUACAAGCCCAACUGGCUACAGCUGGUAAGCCCGGUGGUUUCGCCAUGCUUGGAAGCGACGGCCGUCUUCCUCAAGACCUUCUUGUAGCAGGUUAUGAAAAACACUCAGCCUACGACUUAGGAUGGCAGUCUCUCCACAUGGCGGCUACUGCUGCCUGCAGAUGA